UUGAGGGUGCUGUGAGAUACAGACAGGGCUAUCGUUGUCACUGUGUGACCCCGGCUGAGAGGAGGAGGAGGGUCUUACGCGGAAAACAAGCAGAAAAUCGACAGUGAGCAAGCGGCUAGUAAUGGAGAGAUACGAGUCCCUCAGUAUGAGUCGAGAUGGAUGGAGAAAGAAAGCCAGUGAAGAUGAUGGGUGGGGAGGACGGGGUGGUUACAUGGCUGCAAAAAUCUCUAAGCUUGAGGAGCAGUUUCAGAAGGAUGCCCCGAGAGAGAAGCAGAAAGAUGGAACAUCCUCCUGUAUCUUCAGUGGUGUGGCUAUCUACGUCAAUGGAUACACAGAUCCCAGUGCAGAUGAGCUGCGCAGGCUGAUGAUGCUGCAUGGUGGACAGUUCCAUCUCUAUUACACUCGCUCCAAAACUACACAUAUCAUUGCCACCAACCUGCCCAACAGCAAAAUACAAGAGCUCAAGGGAGAGAAAGUAGUGCGGCCAGAGUGGAUCACAGACAGUAUAAAGGCAGGCUGCCAACUUUCAUAUGUCCAAUAUCAGCUCUAUGCGAAGCAAAAAAGCUUGAACUUUACCAGUAUUUGUGCACGAGGAAAGCAGGAUCUGUCGUCCACCAAUGACCCAUUCAAACCCAAUCCAAGCCACCCCCAGUCAGACAGCAUCAAGCCUCAGCCCAGCCACACUCAAACCCUCUCUAAAGAAGUUCUCAAAUCCACUCACGCUAACCACACAGCCAACUUCACUGAGCGAACCAAUCACCAGCUAGAUGUCAGACUAAAUGGUUCCUGUAGCAUAAUUGAGGAGGAUGCAGAGAGGCCUAGAGUUAAUGGGAUUCAUGAUGGAGAUGAUGAUGACGCCUGUGCCCUAUUGCCAAGAGGCUCACAAGACACUUCGUUAACUAAUGGUUAUGUACACCCUGUGAAUGGUGCCUUAAAGCCUCAGGACUCUUUUGCAGAACAUUCUCCACAUGUUGUUGACAUAGGGUCCCAUCAGUCUCACCUCCCACAGACUGAAAGCAGGGAUAGGGAGGAGCCCAGCUGCUCUUCUGCUGGGUCAAAAUCAAAUUUCCAUCAGAGGUCCUUAAUAUCCACUGCCAGUCCUGCAAAGCAGCCUGGUCUUCACAGUAUGCAAAAGGACCUCCAUCCAAAACCAACAUCUAAUCCAGGAACUUCAGCUGCUCCUCAGAAGGGGAAUCUUCACGAUCAGACAAGAGUUCGACUAAAUGGGAGCUAUCACAUGACCCCUAACUCCUCCAAUCUUGCAGACUCUAGUCAUCAGCCAGGAAGGUCGGGCAAAGGAGCAGAGGCUGGAGUCAUAUCAGAGUUCUUUUCUCACUCAAGGCUGCAUCAUAUUUCUACAUGGCGAAAUGAGUUCUCAGAGUAUGUCAAUGCCCUUCAGAGCAGGAGGCGAGCUGCAGGAGGAGCUGUUUUCUCUGGAAAAGAGAAACUGAAGAAGCUCAAAGCUAAUUGCAGUUCAGGUUCCUUAAUGGCUGCUCCUCAGGUGCGUCAAUCCUGCAUUCUUCAUGUGGAUAUGGACUGCUUCUUUGUGUCAGUAGGGAUCAGACACAGACCAGAUCUCAUAGGGAAACCGGUUGCGGUGACUAGUAACCGUGGUCCAGGCCGUGUUGCACAGCGACCUGGUUCAAAUCCUCAGCUUGAGUUUCAGUACUACCAGAGGAAACAGAAACAGUAUAGGAAAGAGAAGACAGAUGGUGAUCUUGAGAUGACCCCAUCUCCACAAUGUGAAGAAGUUCCCAGUAAUGGAGUGGAUCUGGACCUGGCUGCCCUCUCUAUGGCAGAGAUUGCAUCUUGCAGUUACGAGGCCAGGCAGGCUGGUGUGAGAAACGGCAUGUUCUUUGGCCGGGCUAAGCAGCUCUGUCCUGAUCUGCAGUCUGUCCCAUAUGACUUCCAGGCAUAUAAAGAGGUGGCUUUGUCCAUGUAUGAGACCCUGGCCAGUUACACUCAUAACAUUGAGGCACUAAGUUGUGACGAGGCGCUGGUAGAUGCCACAAAUCUUCUGGUUGAGCUGGGAGUUACACCUGAUGAUUUGGCUCGAGCCAUUCGUGAAGACAUAAAGGAAAAGACUGGUUGCUCUGCCUCAGUUGGAAUGGGUUCCAACAUCCUUCUUGCUCGGAUGGCAACCCGUAAGGCAAAACCAAAUGGGCAGUACUUCCUCAGAUCGGAGGAAGUGGAUGAUUUUAUCAGGGAUCAGCCUGUAUCCAGUUUGCCUGGUGUGGGUCGCUCAAUGAGCUCCAAGCUGACCUCCCUCAGAGUGAGUACCUGUGGUGACCUGCAGCAGUUGUCCAUUUCUCGACUGCAGAGGGAGUUUGGGCCAAGGACAGGACAGAUGCUUUUCCGCUUUUGCAGAGGACUGUAUGACAGGCCUGUGCGCAGUGAGAAGGAGAGAAAGUCUGUGUCUGCAGAGAUGAACUACAACAUUCGGUUCACACAGGUUGAAGAGGCGGAGACUUUCCUUACAAACCUAUCUAUGGAGGUGCAGAAGAGGUUGGAGGGGGCGGGGCUUAGAGGUCGCCGGAUUACACUGAAGGUCAUGGUGCGGAAACCAGGAGCUCCAGUAGAGCCAGCCAAAUAUGGUGGCCAUGGGAUAUGUGACAACUUUGCCAGGUCUGUUUCACUUGCUCAGCCCACAGACAGUGGUCAGCUGAUUGCCGCUGAAGCCAUUAAGCUAUUCCAUGCCAUGAAAUUGGAUGUAAAGGACAUGAGGGGAGUGGGACUGCAGGUGCAGCAGUUGGAGGGAUCGCAUGCAGACCCAUCAGGACAAGGGCCCUCUCGUGGUCGCUCGAUCAAAGACCUGCUGCUGGCCAAACAGCCUGCCCACAGCCCCAAGAAAGACCCACUAGCACCACAAGAUGGUUUAACCAGCCCUUCUUCAUCCAGAGCUUUCUCCUCCAGUCAGGAGAGAGUUACCCCUCCAUCCUCACCACCUUCCACCAGCUCUGAUCCAAUGCCUGGAACGAGUAAAGGAGGACUUCACCAUCCACACACCCUCAACCAUGUCAGGACAUGCCUAAACGUCAGCAUUGAGGUGCCAUCUCCCUCUCAGGUGGACCAGUCUGUUUUAGAGGCUUUACCUGUAGACAUAAGGAAACAGGUGGAGCAGUCCUGGAGACACAGAGAGGAGCAGCCCAGCACCUCAUCUCAUCUCUCAACCCCGCCUCGAACCUCCUCUUCUCCACCUCCAGGUCCAUCGCUUGGCACCCUUGUACUGCAGCUCCCAAACCAGCUAGGUCAACCAUGCACAACGGGCUUUAUAUUAGAGCUCCCUGACUUCUCCCAGGUUGACCCAGAUGUGUUUGCAGCUCUUCCCAGAGAGCUUCAGGAAGAGUUGUGCUCUGCUUAUAGAAACAAGGGAAACACUCAAGCCCAUGUUCAAGCUCAAAGCAGUGCUGGUGAGUAAAAAUGAGUAGGGGUGUGCAAGAUAUCUGCACCAUAUACAUACAUUUAUUGUAUCUCUUGAAGAGUGUUUUCCCUUUAAAGGGAUAGUUC